AAUGGCAGAAGAUGCAGGAAAACAGCCAGAUUCGACAGAGAAUGUGCGUCUUUCUGAGGAAUUGGGCAAUCUACGAAUAGAGGAGCAUAACAUAGAGAGUCCGGUUAGUGAAAACCCUGAAAGUCCCGUGAAAAUUGCUCAAGAAAUGAACGCAGAGGAUUUGAAGAUCGAACUUGAGAAAAAGGAGAGGAAUUUACAGCAAUUGCAGGCUUCUUAUGGAUCUUUAAAGCAACAACAUACGAAUCUUCUGUCAAAAGUUUCAGGAAUUAAGAUAACCCUGGGCGAACGCUUGAAAAAAGAUUCGCAGGCCCUUGCGCAAAGCCGGGCGCAGAUUCAAAAGUUGGAGAAAUUGCUAGAGAACGCUGAGGAUGCACUAAAGCUGAACAAUGAAGAGUCCGAAAACUUGACGCAGCAAACAAAAAGCCUUCAACAAAAAGUGGAGCAUUUGCAGACACAGAACGAUAUACUGACCAAGGAGAGCCAAAAUUUAAGCAUACAGGUGAGGCAAUGGGAAAGAAGAGCAAAAGAUGAACAUGAAAUGCAAGAGUCUUUAGCAGCUCGUCUUGCCGAUUACGAGGAACAGUUGAUGGGAGAAACCGAACGUCAAGAACAAUACCAGAAAGAAAUUCAAGAGCACCUUACAAGACACCAUAGACUUGAAAUAGAGAUGGAUGCUCUCAAAGCGCAACACUUGGAGGAUAAGAGUGAGUUACAGGCUACCUAUCAAAGCAGCUUGGAUGAGUUGUCAGAGAAAUUUGUAGCCAAGGAAUCUGCUUUUGCUUCGAUAGAAGAACAGCUACAUGAAGCCAACCUUCGUAUUUCGAAAGUUUCGGAUUUGGAGCGAGAGGCUCGGGAGAAAUCGCUUUUAAUCGGAAAACUACAGCACGAGGCCGUUAUUUUAAAUGAGCAUCUUACCAAAGCGCUUUGUAUGUUAAAGGAUGGCGAUAGCUCGGAAAAAAUCGAUAAACAACUCAUUUCAAACUUGUUCGUAUCGUUCCUUACUUUACCACGGGCCGACACAAAGCGUUUUGAAAUCCUACAACUCAUUUCCUCAGUCUUAGGAUGGAACGAUCAACAGAGAGAGCAGGCCGGUCUUCAGCGUCCAGGAUCCGCUUUCUCUAACUGGAGCUUGUCGAAAAAUAAUUCUUCCACUUCUAUCUUUUCUGAUAUCGCAUUGUCAAAACGCGGGUCUUUCCAAGAUCCAUCAAAAUGAGAUGGAGGCUUUCUUUUAUUUUUAAUUUCCUCUUCUUCUGCUUUUUGUAAUGAUCCAAAUCUGCAUCUUUCUUUAUUCUUGAUUAUAUAUUUUAUCGCAGAGGCUGCUGUUUCUAUAUACGUGUAUUAGUAAUAUCGUUUUUUUUUCGAGCUGUCUUUUUACAUGUAUUUUCAUCUGCCUGAUUAUAUCCUCUUGAAUGUAAAAAUACACGCGGGCUGGUUUAUGGAACUACUGGAAAGAGUUGGGUCAGUAAUGUCAAUCUUCCGGUGUUUUUAUUUUUAUUUAAAGACUAGUUUUUUUUUACCCUCGUUCUAAUCAAUUUGCAUUCCUUUGUAAUAACCG